GUCUUCUUGCAGCAGUGCUGUAUUGAGCUCCUCGCUCAAAAUCAAAGCAUGGUUCAGGAUUGGUCAACGGUGAGCAAUUGGGGUGCUAGGCGGCAUUAGCUAACCUACGAAUGCCAUUGCCUCCCUUAGACAUGCUGACGAUUGCCCAUUCCAGGAAGUGCUGAUAGGCGCUCCGCAAAGAUGGCAAAGCGGGCGGGGAUUUGCAGUCCCUGCGGGUUGCCAAAGCGCAAGCUGAUCAUUGGGUUCGUGAUCCUGUGGGUUUCGAUCUUGUUUCUUGCUCCUCACAUGCCCGGCAACUUCACGAGCUCUGUGUUUGAGUCCAUGGACCAAGCGGCGCGGACCAAUGCUCUCGCUGCUGUGGGGGGCAAGGUGCAGCUAAAUGGAGAGGAGGAUCAGGUUUUGAAAGAGAUCACCAGUCCUGUGCUAGAAAAUGUGGAGGGGGAAAGCAUUGAGCAGGCACAGACGACUCUUGAAGAUGGGACUGACACACUUGAAGGGCAGUCAACACAAUCCUCAGAAGAAAAGAAGGGUGAUCGCCUCGAGGAGGUUGAACCCACUGAAGUCAAAUCAGUAGAAGAACCAGCUGAAGACAACACUGAAAUCUCCCAAGUACAAGUAAGAGAGCGGGAGCCAGUGCCAGAGGAAACCCCGAGGGGGAGGGUGCGCUCACGCCUGUUGAGUGCCCGGGACUUCAAUGGAGACAGGCCGAAGGGUGAUCCUGUUCUUUGGGAUGGGACAAUCUUCGUUGGUAUGGCUGCCUAUAGGGACCCAGACUGUCAGGACACCGUCUGGUCCGCUUUCUCUAUGGCCGCCAAUCCGGAGCGGGUCUCGUUGGGGAUUUACCAGCAGCACGCGGAUGAGGACCAAGACUGCCUCGCUUUUCAGCAUGUGAUUUGUCCCCCACAGAACCGCUCUGCAAUGGUGCUUGCUUCCCCGGAGGAGAAGGCCAACCGGCCAUGGUUCAAGGCGAGCCCCGAGGAGAUUGCGCAAGUCUGCACGGGUCUGAAGCGUGUGGCGAUCAAGCGGGUCGGCUUUAUGGAGGGUAUGGGGCCCACUGUUGCACGGUAUUACACGCAAACGCUGGUCGGAGAUCAAACGUUUUUUCUCCAGGUCGACAGCCACAGCCACUUCAUCUGGGCGUGGGACGUCGAGAUCCUGCGCAACUGGAAGGCCACCGGCAACGCCAAGGCAGUGAUCAGCGGGACGUACCCCGUGCCACACACGCGCAUGCCCGAGUGGCUCAAGCGGCCGCAUCCGCAAGUGCCCAAAGGGGACGGCGUGGUGCAGUUGCCCAUGAUGUUCGACAUGACCGAGGCCGUCGACUACCGGAGGAUCGACGAGACGGACAUGAGCCCCAAUGGGCCGCUCCCGCCGUUGGAAGGGUUUGAGCUCGAUUACAUUCCGGACAUUGUGGCCAUCAUCUGUCAGAUCAAAUACGUCCAUGACGCAUCGGACAUGCCCAGGUGUGAAUCCGCCCAGUUCGUCAGAAACCCGGGGCACCCCAUCAAGGUGCCCUUUUGGACGGCCGGCAUUUCUUUUUCCACCACCCAGGCAAUCAAGGACGUUCCGUACGAUCCCUACACCCCUUAUCUGUUCGACGGCGAGGAGUUCUCGACGGCCGCCCGCUUAUGGACGUGGGGCUACGACGUAUACGCGCCCUUCACGGACAUCGUCUUUCACGUGUACGAGAGCCGGUAUAAGCGGAACAAGUACUGGGAGAUAGACUGGGGCGAGCGCUACCGCAUCCAGCAAAUCAGCGCGCGGCGAAUCCGCUACAUCCUCGGGAUGCCCCUUCCCGCCGACGCCGAGUUCGAUCGUACGGAGCUGGAGCGGUUCGGGCUGGGGAAGGUGCGCCCGCUGCAGGAGUUCCUCGACAUGGCCGGGAUCGACCUCGUCAACAUGACGUCAUUCCACAUCUGCGCGGAGGUGCAGGCGGGCAGGUUCCCCGAUCCAAACAGGAAUUUGACUCAGGCCAAGUUCGUCGACCCCGCUCAACCGUUAGAGCACACAAAGCCGCCAGCGCCCCCAGAACCAGAAUCUCGGGACGAGACAUUGCUUGAGGUGCAAGAAGGCGGUGCAACAGCCCAGGAAGGGGUAAAAAGCGGGGUAGAAAAUGGGUUAGUCAGUGAAACGGAGACUGGUUUGGAGGUGGAGGCAGAGACAGUAAGCGUUGACGCUCAAGCGCAAGCGGUGGAGAAACGGGAAGCGAAGCUUGGGGGGGAUGCGCAGCGGGGGGAUUUUGAGGAGGUGCGACAAAAAGGACCUUAACUCGACGAUUCAUCUUGUCGGAUUGUUGCGGAUUGUAUCGUACUUGACUGACAGCAGUGCGCUGGAUAUGAAGAGUAAGAGUUUUGGAUUAGCUACUGGACUGCCACUAUACCAGCGUCAUACUCGGACAUACUGGAUUUUGAUUAUUGGUUAUUCGAGUUGAGUCACGAGAUACAUGUGGUCGAUUGUUGGAUUCGAGUUCGUCAUUCUUUUGAAGCAAUUGGCGGGGCCCGCUGGAUAUAGCGGCGGCGGAUAGCUAGCAUGCACUAGAAUCUCAUUGGUCGAGCC